GGGGGUGGAAGAAUUGGAGCUGACAUAUCACAUUCAUUUUUAAGGAAGAUGUAAUGAGUGGUGGGUUGACUGACCGCCGGAGUGUGAAGGCGAUGCGCCGCCCCGCCGCGGAGGAAUAUUCUGGCAGAGGUUGGCAUGCGAUAUAGUUCAGUGUGGCACUGUUUUGAGCGCCAGUUUCAGGAACCGCUCUGGCAAAGGAGCAGCCGGCUCAUUGCGAGUCUCCGGGAAGCUGCCUUGCACCGGCCACAAGCUCCGGAGGGAAAAUGACCUUCGCUUUAUUCUACCUAAUCGGAUUGCUUGUCUGCGGCGGGGAAGCUGUGCUUCAAGUCACUAUUUCUCUGGGCAAAGUGGAACUCAGUGUGGGUGAGUCCAAGUUUUUCACCUGUACAGUAAUUGGGGACCCUGUCAGUAUAGAAUGGUACAGGCCCGAUGGACAAAAAGUCAUCUCCAGUGAAAGGGUUGUCAUGCAGACAGAGGAAAUACGAUCAAGGCUCACUAUCUACAAUGCCAACGAGGAGGAUGCUGGGAUCUACCAGUGUCAGGUGACAGAUGUCAAUGGAAAGUCUCAGGAAGCGACAAUCCUUGUGGAAAUUUACAAAAAGCUGACCUUUCAUGAAAUCAAGUCUCCCCAGGAGUUCAGAGAAGGAGAGGAUGCUGUGGUGAUAUGUGAAGUCAACAGUUCUCCUGCACCCAUAGUAACCUGGCUGUACAAUAAUAGAGAUAUCAGCACUGAGCCAAGUGACAAGUUUAGCAUGAUCGAUAACAACAGCUUGAAGAUCCAUCGCAUUAGCAAGAAGAAUGAAGGCACUUACCGGUGCGAGGGGAGAGUGGAGGCCCGGGGAGAAGUUGAUUUUCGAGACAUCGCUGUUAUUGUGAAUGUUCCUCCCAUAAUUCAUGUGCCUGAGAGCUCAGCGAAAGCUAUAGCAGGUCGCCAGGAGUCUGUGACAUUGAUGUGUACUGUGACUGGCUCUCCAGAGCCCAACAUCAGCUGGUACAGGGGCGGGAGACUCAUUGAAGACAAUGAUAAAUAUGGGUUGAAGAGAAGCACGGAGCUGAUGAUAAGAAACAUUAGCCGGGAAGACACUGGGGCUUACAUCUGCAGGGCAACAAAUAAAGCGGGAACGGCGGAAGAACAGUUGUCAGUGAAAGUCUUCGUUCCACCACACAUUACACUGCUGAAGAAUGGGACUGCAACUGAGAAUGGCCAUGUAGUCAUCACCUGUGAUGCAGAUGGAGAUCCUACACCAACCAUCUUUUGGAGUAGGUUUGACAAUGGAAGCAGUGUUCUGGAGGAAGAGAAGAUUCUAGAUGGGAGGUUUGAAGUGCGCAGGCGGAAGGGGACAUCCUCAUUGCACAUUAAGAAUAUCAAGCCAAGUGACUCAGGAGCAUAUCAUUGUGAAGCUGUGAGUCCAAUUGGAGCAGACAAGAAGAGCAUGCAUUUGGAUAUUCAGUACGCUCCCAAGUUUCUGUCAACCCAAGUGACCUAUUACUCAUGGGAAGGGAAUUCAGUCAACAUCAGCUGUGAUGUCACGGCCAACCCUCAGGCUUCCAUCUACUGGAAGAAGGAAGGUGUUGUCCUCUCUGAUAUCAAUAAGUCUGACGUCAGUAUUUACAAGAAAGGCACCAAGAUCCUCCUGGAGAUUACGCCAGCUGUGGACAGUGACUUUGGCAGCUACAACUGCACAGCCAGUAACCGGAUAGGAACCAGGUCUCAGGAGUUCACUCUCGUUCAAGCUGCUGUUCCCUCCCGUCCAUAUGGGUUGAGAGUCCUCGCUGUAUCACAAACAAUGGCAAGAAUCUCCUUCACCAAGCCUGAUUCUCAUGGUGGUGUCCCAAUUCAUCACUACCAAGUGGAAGUCAAUGAGGCAGAUUCAGGAGAUUGGAAAACAGUGAAUUCCAAUGGGAGUCAAACUCAUGUGGCCCUCACCAACCUGAAACCCAAUUCAACCUAUCACUUCAGAGUAGCAGCAGUAAAUGGGAAAGGACAAGGGGAACACAGCCAGCUGGAAGCCUUUCAGACCCUACCAGUUCAAGAGCCCAGUCCCCCUACAGUGCAAGGGCACAGUGGCAAUGGCAAGAACUAUAAACUGGUUGUGACGAAACAGGAUGAUGGAGGAUCACCCAUUCUCAGAUAUGUGCUCAAAUACAGGACUAAAGACAAGGAAGAGGAAUGGAUGCUGAAGAUAGCACAGGGAAGCAAAGACUCCAUCAUCCUGGAAACACUCGAAUGGGACACGCAGUAUGAAGUGCAGAUCACAGCUGUUAACAAGUUGGGUUCUUCUGAGCCAACCAUCUACGAGUUCACCAUGCCACCAAAGCCCAACACCAUCGCCAAUACCCUGUUCAGGAGUCUGGGCCUUGGGGCAGUUGUUGGUCUUGGAGUUGCUGCACUCUUGUUAAUCCUUGUCAUCACUGAUGUUAGCUGCUUCUUCACAAAGCAAUGUGGAUUGCUGAUGUGCAUCACCACAAGGAUUUGUGGGAAAAAGAAUGGGUCAAGUACCAAAACCAAGGAUCCCGAAGAAGGCAAAGCAGCUUAUCUGAAGGAUGGUUCGAAAGAGCCCAUAGUGGAGAUGAGGACAGAAGAUGAACCGAUCACAAACCAUGAUGGGAGCUCAGCGAAUGAACCAAAUGAAACAACACCACUAACAGAGCCUGAAAAGCUACCAUUAAAGGAAGGCAAUGCAAAGGAAGUGUUGAGUCCAGAAAAAAUUGAGGAGGCAGUGCCCAAUGAUGUCAUCCAACCGAAAGAAGACAGCAGCAAGGCAUAAUGGGAAGAACUUUGUCAAAGAGAUGUCCUAACUACAGAUACCCUUGCAACCAAUAUUUGUAGGGACGAGAAAUACAUAUUUGUGAGGCUGAGGCAUUAGAAUGGCUUUGGAAGCUUUCAUAAGUUGCAUUAUCAGUAAUACAAGAAAUCGAAAUUUGUCCUCGUUUUUCUGGAAGGAUUUUUGAAAAAACAAUUUAUGUCUUUUUUUUUCCCUUUUGCCGUUCAGAAAAUGAAAAAAAAGUGUAACAUGUAAAUGAUAUUGUGAAGUAAAAGUUAGGAACAAUCUUUAUAUUGCUCUCUCUCUCUAUACAUAUUAUAUUAUAUAUACAGCAGAAAAAGAAACAUUCAAGCUGUUGUUUCCCAGUUGGUGUAUCAUGAAGUUUUAUCUGUUCUAGAGAAUGCAACUUUGUCCCUUGUGCAACUCUUUCUGUUUUCAGUGGACUGCAAUGAAGAGGAAAAGGGAAAUGACUGUCGAUAAAUUGUAGGUUUUAAGCAAUUUGAGAUGGAUAGUGCCAGGAACAUUUGUUUAGAACUUAAACAUCUUUAUUUGCUCCUUGGCUUUUUUAUUCCCCCUGAAAUUAAUUCCCAUGACCAAUCUCCACAAAGUUCUGAGAUAGUUAAUGGAGCUAAUAUAUUUCUGUUUGAGCAUCUUCCCUUUUGGUGUAAGAAUGCCACUGUGGUAAUAACACGCUUUAAUACCCGUGCUCAUGCAAAUCAAAGUGAACAUUUGGUUCCCAUGUGUUAAGUGAAGCUUCUAUUACUACAUAUUGAAAAAAAUCUGAGAUGCUUUUUGCUCAUAGCCCAAGCUAAGGACUUGCACAGAGAAUGUUAUUGUCUUAACCAAAAUAGGGUAUGAUUGAGACUGAAAGCACAGUUGCUGCUCUAACUUGUUUGGUGUCUCCCAUGUUUCAGACUGUCAAUACUUUUAGCAAGUGUCCAUGUCUUACAAUUCCUGGCUGCCAACAAGCACGAUUGACCAAGCUUUCUGCACUAGAACUCAAAUUCUUCAGAAGACAGAGUCAAGGCGAAUAGACUUUCCUAAGAAUGAUGGAGUUUUCCGUCCACUUCUCUAGUUAAUGACAGUUCAUCAUUCUAGGUGAUCAUGACACAGGGUAAAGCACUAUCCGCUGAUAAAAAUGGCAGGGGACAAGCAAAUAAAUUUCUAAUUUCAGAGGUGAGGUUAACUUCAUGCUAAGAUUCCUGUUGACUUUUCUUUCUGACAGGAGGGAGUUUUUUUUUAAAAGAUAAUGUGGAGAUUUGCAUCUAAAAGGUGUUGAUUUUAAGUGUAGGAAAGGAGUGGCUAUGGUGUUCAGCUGCGGAAGCUACAUAUAGUUUCAUUGAAUGGAGUUCCACUGUUUAAGGCACUUGACCACAAGCCUAGUAUGUCUAUCUAGCCUUCACAUUAUUGGUUCCCUCACUGACUUAUCCUGAUAUUUUUAGUUUUGUCCUGGGGCAAUUCCUUCAGGACUGGUCAAUGAAUCAAAACUUACAGCACAGAAGAUAACUAUUUGGCCCAUUUGAAAAGCACGAGAAAGCACUGAGAAAGCAAUAUCCAGUUCCCUACCUUGCUUUCCUACUAACCCUCUCACCUGCCCUAUUCCACAACUCUGUGAGAAAGGAUUAGUCUUUACUAUCUUUGUCAACCUCACUUGCUUAAAGAUCCUCUUUCCAAUGUGAAGGGCUUGGAAACUUUAAGUCAGAAUUUAGUCGCUGUGAUUAUUACUGAAAACAAAUGGUUGGAGGCUGCUGUCGUGGGUGGAUGGAGCAAAAAGGUUCCUGGGAGAAUGAGAAGGUUGUGUUGACUCACUUGAAUGGUACCACAGGUAGUGGCUUUCAGUAGGUUGGUUUAGUACAGCGUAUUUUCCUGCGUUAAGAAGCAGUCAUUACAUCCUAAUGCUUCUCUUAUGGUCUCUGCACAAGAUGGUUGCUCAUAGCCAGACUUAUCUCCAUUAAAACUUAAAGAGUCCCAUACUGUCAAAUCAUGCUUCCGCAUUAUGUAUGGGUUUGUCUUUUAGUCAGACUAAAUUCACUUUUUAACUGUUUCAGCCAUUCUCUUUGACAGUUCUUCUUGUCAAAGUCUGGUGAACUAGAGAGCUAUUCACACCUCAAGGGAAACUAUUGUCCAGGAGUUUCUAUUCACCAUUUGAUGUGUUCAUUCAAUUUAAGAAUGCCUCUUGUGAGUUCUUCUUGACAUAAUUAGUCUGGCCUUAAUACCAGUCAAAUCCACAAGAGUAGUUGUGUGAUUUUUAGGAGCCAUUUUGUAAGAUUCUUUGCGACCUAUUUUCCUAUUUUAAAGACAAAUUAACUUUCUUCACAGAAUAUACGAUAUUGGAGCUGCAUAUUCAUGCCAAUUUUGACACGCAAAGGGUGAUGGAGUUUAAAACUUUCUUCUGCAAGUGGCAUGUGAUGCUGGGUGGGCUGUUAAUUUUACAUCUGAAUGUGGUAGAUGUUUGUCUAAUAAACAGACAUAUUAAUUAGUCUUGGUAACAGUAGCCAUGAAACUGCCACUGAUUGUUCUAAACAUGCAUUUGGUUCACAGGUGUCCUUUAGGGAAGGAAACCUUUGCCCGCUUGCCUUGCCUGAUCUGUAUGUGACUCCGGAUCCACAUGAUACAGUUGACUCUUAAUUGCUGGCAAGGGUAAUUGGGGAUGGGCUACACAUAGCUAAUAACCAUCGACGGCCAAAUAAAGUUAUGAUAUGUAGUAAUGAUACGACCACAUAAUGGCGAUGCUACUUAAUUAAUAAUCUUGAUGGAUUAACUCAUGAUCCAGAGACAAUUCCUUAUUUUAACAUCAGUUCAUCAAUUCAAGCAAGCACAGAAAAGUAACAUCUGUAAUGGUUAUCAGAAAUGACUGGAUUGUUGUAAAAAAAAUCCAUCUAGCUCACUAAUGACAAGGUUGAACACAGUAAAUAGGGUGAAGCCAUUUCUGAUUGUAAAAGAAACAAGAACAAGAGGGGAAAGAUUUAAAGCGAUGUGCAAACAAAUCGAGGAUGACAUGAGAAAAGUCUUUUUUUCACUCAGUGAGUGGUUAGGGUAUGAAAUGCACUGACUGGAAAUGUUCAGGAGCCAGGUUCAAUUGAGGGCAUUAGAUGUGUUUAUUUUUGGACAGUUCUUGUCUACAGGGAUAGGGGCAAAAGGCAGGAGAUUGGCAUUAGGUAAUGGAACCAGUACAGUUCUAGGUGCCACAUUACCAAAAGGAUGUGGAUGCUUUGGAAAGGGUGCAGAGGUGGUUCACCAGGAUGUUGCCUGGUAUGGAGGGCGCUAGCUAUGAAGAGCAGUUGAGUAGAUUAGGAUUAUUUUCAUUAGAAAGACGGAAAUUGAGGGGGGACCUGAUUGAGGUCUAUAAAAUCAUAAGGAGUACAAACAAAGUGGAUAGCAAGAAGCUUUUUCCCAGAGUCGGGGGCUCAAUUACUAGAGGUCAUGAGUUCAAAGUGAGAUGAGGAAUGUUUAUGGGAGAUAUGUGUGGAAAGUUCUUUACGCAGAGGGUGGUGGGUGCCUGGAACACGUUGCCAGCGGAGGUGGUAGACGCAGACACGAUAGUGUCUUUUAAGAUGUAUCUGGACAGGUACAUGGAUGGACAGGGAGCAAAGGGAUACAGACCCUUAGAAAAUACAUGAUGGGCUUAGACAGAGGAUCUCGAUCAGUGCAGGCUUGGAGGGCCGAAAGACCUGUUCCUGUGAUGUAAUUUUCUUUGUUCUUUGUAUGACGGGCUGAAUGGUCUCCUUCUGCUCCAUAAUAAUUCUGUGAUACACAGGAAAGUCCCAUUUUCACAUCCUGCAUCAUGCUAACAAAUCUGCUCUCAAUCAUUGAAGCAGGUUAGAAAUGUGCCCUCCACGCUCUGGAGGAAUGCGUGGGCUAUGGUUGGGAAUAGCUGAGUCUGGGAUCAUGCUUUAUACAGUGAUUUCAGACUUAGUUUUGGUGGCCCUUGGCCAAAGCUCAGCAAUGUUGUCCUGAAUGGCCAACAUAGACAAACUCAUGUUGACACAGUGUAGAAUUAUUCUUUUAUUAUUCCACUUGGGUAUGUGCGUGUCACGAGGAAGGCCAUAGCAAAGUGUCCAGAGGUGUUUAAGAGACAAUCACAUUGCUAUGACUCUGGACUCUAAGAAAGAUAAGGCCUGGUAAAUAUGGCUAAUUUGCCCUCCGACAGGGCAUGAGAGAACCAGGUGAGUCUUUUGCAACAAUCAACAUAGUCAACACUAGGGCUAGAUUUUCCUUAUCCCAGAUUUCUAUUGAAUUAUAAAUUUUGCCAUCAGCCGCAGUGGUCUUGAACCCUGAAUAUAAUCUGGAUUAUUAGUCUGCAGACAAUACCACUGUGUCAGAAUAAGCAGAAUUACUGUGAAUGUGGCAUAUCGCAGAGAGUUAUUAGUAUCUGUGGAAGAAAAUCAAGUCUUUCAGGAGAGGAAUUAAGAGGAUAUGAAAGUGAAUGUGAGUCUGACACAGUUCUUCAUAGUAAAGGUACUGUGAAUUUCUCCUCAUCUCAGUUGUAAGUGUCCCUUAUUCUGAGACUGUGAUCUAUAGAUUUAAACUCUCCCAUCAGGAGAGAUAUCACAACAGCAUGCAUCAUUGUACAUCUUUCUCUGAUUUCACCACCUCCUCCUUUAAACACCGAGCGUACCUAUUAUCUCUUCAUGGGGCAGUCUUCUCACUUCGGGAACAAGUCUGAAUUGAAAAUUUGCUGUACUCCCUCAAAGUAAGGAGACCAAAACUGGGCACAGAAAUGGCUUCACCAAGCAAAUAUAGUUGGACUUGCUUUGUCUUGUAUGCCAAUCCCUUUUGUAAUAAGGGUCAACAUCCCUGACUUUCGUAAUUUCUUGUUGUAUUGCAUGUUAACUUUUUGUGACUCGUACAAGUGUACCCGCAUUUAUUGAGAUACAUUGCAUUGCAUCCACUUUAUAAGGCAUUGAUGUGGAAUGUUAUUUGUCAAUUCUCAAAAACUGAUCCUUAUGGUGACCCACUAAUUACAACCAAAAAAAAAUUUUUUAUUCUGAAAUGGAGGAGGAGAAGGAGAUUCUGAAAUAUCUUGGAAUCCCCGUCCCCUCCCCCAUUUCUGAAGAACAGUCCAGACCUGAAAUGGCAGCCUUCCUGCUCCUCUGAUGCUGCUUGGCCUGCUGUGUUCAUCCAGCUCUAUGCCUUGUUAUCUCAGAUUCUCCAGCAUCUGCAGUUCCUACUAUCUGUUAUUUUUAUUCUGAUCCUUGUCCAUUAACUAAUUCUUAAUCCAUGAUAAUAUGUUGUCCCAAACCCAUGAGCUCUCAUUUUGUAUAAUUGUUCCUUCAGUGAUACCUUAGGGAGAGGCAAUAGCCUCUUGGUAUUGUCACUGAACUGUUAGUCCAGAGACACAAAUAACAUUCCAGGGACCUGGGUUCAAAUCAUGCUGCGGCAGAUGGCAGAAUUUGACUUCAAUAAAAUACCUGGAAUUAAGAAUCUGAUGAUGACCAUGAAUCCAUUGUCAAGGAAAAACCCAUCUUGUUCACACAUGUCCUUUAGGGAAGGAAGCUACCAUCCUUACUUGGUCUGGCCUACAUGUGACUCCAGACCCACAGCAAUGUGGUUGACUCUAAACUGCCCUCUGAGCAAUUAGGGAUGGACAAUCAAUACUGUCUAGCCAGCAACGCCCUCAUCCCAUGAAUGAAUAAAGGUAAGAAAAAUCUUACAAGGUAAAAAUCUAAAUAGGUCACAUUUUCUGGUCCUCCCUUAUCUAUCUGGCUGGUUGCAACCUCAUGAAAUGCUUAACAGGCUUGUCAACAUGAUUAGUAUUUUCAUAAAGCCAUGUUGACUCUGACUAAUGUUGUGAUUUCCCCAUUGACCCUACAUCACUUUCCGAAUAAUAAAUUCCAGCAUUGCAUUUCCAGCAUGUCAGGCUCACUGGUUUAUUAUUCAUUGUCUUCUCUCUCCUUUUUCUCAACAACAAGAUUACAUACAGUACCUUACAUUCUGAAGAUUGUUCCACACUCCAGGAAAUUCUGGAAGCUUAAAACCACCAUACUUAUUAUUGUUAUAGUUACUUCUUUUAAAACCUAGAUGACAGACCAUCGUGUCCAGAGGAUUUGAUGAUUGUUUAGUUUUGGUAACGGUCUCCUCAUGUUCCUGUACUGCAAUGUCCCUUGUUCUUUCCCAGGUCUUGAAUGCAUUUCCUAAGAAAAUAACACCAUAAUAUAUAGGGGCAGAAUUAGGCCAUUCAGCCUAUCAAGACUGCUAUACCUAUCAAUCAUGUCUGAAACAUUCUCAAUCCUAGUCUCCUGCCUUCUCCCUGUAAUGCUUGAUCUCCUUACUGAUCAAUAAUCUAUUUCUAUCUAUGGUUAUAAGUAUAUAUUUUUAGCUCUGGAAUAAAAAAAACUUUUUUUUGUUAAACACUUUUGGUAUGAACUGUGUUAAAUAACUCAUUCAAAUGAAGUAUAAUUUAAAACCUCUAGAUAUUGCAAAGUUAUAUUCUAAUUCUUGAUUAUAACACAACCCUCUGAACAAUUUCUACUCAGAAAGUUGAACCUCAGCAGGCAAGCAGUUAGAAAUUGUGUUAACCUGUAUCUUUUUUUAGAUCCAAGAUUCUCCUCAAUUCAAUUUGUACUUUUCGGGUUUCAGCUGCAAGGGAAGCUGAUAAGUCUGAUUCAGAGAGUUAAAAAGUCACCUGUGGUUUCUCAUCCACACAUUACCAAAGAAUUUCUGUAAACUGAACCCAUGUGGGUAGCAGGAUGAAGAAUAGCUCAACUAAACCCUUAAGUCAGUCAAGGCUUGCAUGCGUGAGUAGCUACUUCGGCUUUCAUUACCCUGGAUCCUGAAUCACUGGCCAUGUUGGAAACAGUCUUUUUCCCCAUUUUAACUGGCACUCAAUAUCACUUGGUGCAACUGCAUAACAAGAUCUGUUAUAAUAGUUGGAACCUUCCCCCAGUACCAAUAAACAAAGUACACAUUAAUGAGAAGACACAACAGUACAUUUUUACCAACUGUGAGAAAUAUUGUGUAUCACAACAGGAUCAGCAAUAUACCCCUGGAGCUUUUAUUCCUCUGUAAAUUAUUUCUGAAUGUUUGAUGCCCUGUUAGCAUUAUCUGAUUUCUGAAUGUUUGGUGCCCUGUUAGCAUAGUCUGAUUUGGUAUCAGCAGAUAAGAAUUACUUUGGUGCAUUUUAUUCCCAAGUUUCCUGGAGGAAAUCUCAUUUGGGAAAUCUAAAAAUCUCCCCUCAGAUGUCCAACACCAUUUUGCAUGCUAUUUGCUUGUUUUACUGAGAAGAACAUGACAAUAGCAAAUCGCCUAAUGCUAAGUACAUAGACAAUUCUAAUUCUAUUCCCUACCACUCAGGCUUUCAUCUCUUCUGCACAAAAUGUGCACGAGCUCCAGUUAAUAUUCCUUGACCUUGUCAUUUAGCUGAUGUUGGGGUAUUGUAUGUAGGUAUACAUGUAGGAAAACGUACACAGAAAAGUUGUAUGGUGCUCCCAUGUGUUUUAACCCAAAACUCACUUUGGGAAGAAUAUACACAGAAGCCUACAUUCAUAUGGUGGGGUGAAGGAGUGUUGGUCUGAUUAGGCUGUAUCAAUGUACUCAAUCAUGUUUAAUUCUACUCUUCAAUUAGGGCUUUUGCCACACUUUUAACUUGUACCCUUAUUGCCAUUAUUUUCAAACCCCUCUUUUCCACACCCUGACCCCUCUCUCCCUUGGUUCUUUUUUAAAUAUUCUGUUUUACUUUAAUUCCCACUCCUGUGAUCUUGGGGGCAUUUUUCCAAUGGAAUUAAUGACUGUCUUUGAAUCAGCUCUCCAACCUCUGAAUUUGGUUAAUAUUGAACCUUCUUGAUGUGUGAAUAAUGGGGAAAGGGGAAUCACGUAGGAUGUGGAUGACACAGUGGCUCAGUGGUCAGCACUGCUGUCUCACAGUAUUGGGGACCCAGGUUCAAUUCUAGCCUUGGGUGAGUGCCUGUGUGGAGUUUGCAUGUUUAUCCUCCCCAUCUUUGUGCUCUGGCUCCCGCAGUCCUAGGAUGUACAGGUUAGAUGGAUUGGCCAUGCUAAAUUGUUUGUCAUUUCCAGGGAUGUGUAGGCUAGGUGAGUUAGUCAAGGUAAAUCUGGGUGGGAUGCUCUGCACAUAGCUGGUGCAGGCUCAGUGGGCUGAAGGGCCCCUUUCUGUGCAGUUGGGAAUCAACAAAUUUUCUUUUGGCAAUGCUUUUUAGUCCAUGCUCACCACUCUCAUGACGCAUCCAAAUUUCCCCUGAUUUAUGCCACAAUGUUUGCCUCAGGGCUCUGUCCCAAUGAGGAAGGUUGUGGAAUACAUGCAUCUCAAAAUAUCAACCCCAGCAAUGCAUCAGCUAGAGUGCUGCUGUUUGCAAAUAUGAGCUGUGCCAUCUGCUAGUUUCUUGUCAACUGCCUCAUCAAUUUACAGGAUCCAAGUUCACACCUACACGGUGACUUAUCAUCACUGCUCCAUCUGUUCUGAACAUGAGUAAUAAACACAAGGCAAAAUUCAGAUGGUUAACCCUUUGAGAGGAAAAUGUCGAGCCAGAAAAAUCACCCUAAAUGUGCUCUCAUCCAUCCCAAACAUGGAACAGCAUUUUCGAUUUUUCUUAGAAUGAGAGCAUCACUAUUAUGACGUACAUUUAUCACCCAUUUCUAUUUGCCCUAAAACUGAUCAGCUUGUAGGCUAUUCCAGAGAGCAGUUCAGAGCCAUUAUUGCCAGCAUAGAGUCACAUAUGGGCCACACCAGGUUAAUAUUGGCAGAUUUCAUUUCUAAAAGGACACUUUGUGAACCAGGUGGAGGUUUUGUUAGAUAGUUCUUGUAGUUUCUGCUACACAAAAUUCCCCAUAAACCGCAAUACAUUCAUAAUCAGAUAGUUUCUUUUGUUGGUAUUUAUUGAAACAUAGAAGAACUCUUAAACUAAUCUUUAAAGAAGGCCUGUGGGAUCAUUUACAUCCUUUGGAGGGGCUGAAUUUAAUGUCUCAUGUGAAAGACAGCACCUCAGCCAAAAUAGCUCUCUCUCAACAGGGACACAGCAAUGCAGUUCAAUGACAAUUGACGUUGCAAGUUCCCAUUCUGGAAUCUACCAUGUUUUUCCCUCUACCUCCUCUUUUAAUUGGGGUGGGCGGUUGGGCAUGCUGGGCGUGAGGUUGGCUUUAUCCACUCAAACAUACCAUGACUGAUGGAGUAAGAGACAGAGGACUCCUCGUUCAGGAGUUUUCAGUGUCCCAUUAUUGGAUUGAAGCAUCCAUUCAACCUUGUAGGAAAUGAGUAUCGACACUUUAUGUGGGGCCUCAGGUCCAGGGGAACAGUUCAAACACUACCAUUUAAUCUCUCAACACUCCUCCAAGUCCCUCAGCUCGCACACAACAGAUAUAGCUAGAAAAUAAGAGCUACUUGUUUGUUUCCAUGGAUACUCAAUCUGUUUUCUGGCCCAUCUUGAGGCUUGGUAUCUUGAAACCAUGGGCUGAGCCCAUUGAUGUAUAAGAUGACAUUGGUGCAUUCUCCCCUUUAUCUCACUCAACAUUAGCUUUGGCGAGCAUAGCCCUGUCACAAUGACCUGAUGAGAUCUUUGACAAAACAGCCAAAACAAUGAUGAGGAGACUAUUACUGCUACAGAGGAACAAGUCAUUAUGAUCUGAAGUGCACAGCCUGAAAGUGUUGGCAGCAGAUUCACGCACAAUUUUAAAAUUAAAAAUAAGGAAAUUGGAUAAAUGCUUGCAGGGGGAAAAACUUGUAAGGAGCAGAGGAGUGGGAGAGAGUUUAUUUUCCAUAAAAGCCAGAAUUGGCUGUCUAAGUGAAUAGAGCUCCUGUUCUGCUGUAGAAAUCCACGUUCCUAUGAUGUGCAGGCCCCCAGCCAAUUUGCCCGACUGCAUUUUUCUCCUUUCCACGUACAAUGUUGACUUGAAAGAUUUGAAGCUGUCUACUUGGGAUGGGCGCUAGGUUGAAAUGGCACAUGUUGAUGGCAUUUGGGGGAAGGAGGGGGAAGUGGUGGGGAAGAAAACACAUGUACCUUCUGCCCAGCACCGUAUUCAAGGAACAGUCUCAGUGAAAUGCUUGAUAUGUAUCUCAUUCUUGCUCUGCAAAAAGAAACAUUUUAUUUUCUCACAGUUGCUUUAUCCACCAUUUUAAUUGCUGGCUCAAUUGCUUCUGGCAGCCAUUUUGUGAGAAGCUUGUAAUCAUUCUUCAAAGGCCUUUAUGUCAGGCCCCAUUUGUGUACAUGUGGUCAGGUAAUGAUAAACAUCCUCAACUAUGAUAUUAAACUUAUUAAUAUUUUGUUUCUUUUGAACUUGUGUUUUAUUUCCUAAAUUGUUUGAUUUUUAAGUCUUACUGUAAAAAACUGUAAAAAUAACAAGUCUGUUAUAAAGAUGUAAAGCUUCACGAUUUUAUCUUGUAACUGUAUUCUCCUGUAUUAUUUGUUGUUUAUUGCUUUAUGGGUUGGCUGAAAGCUUUUGGAUGGUUUUAAUCAGGAACGAUCUUCAAAGCGGGGAUUCUCCAGGAACCUCAUCAAUGCAAUUAUUCCUUUCACAACGUUGCAUGUUGAAAAUCUGAUUGAAAGAGUUACAGAUAUAAAAAAUAACAAGCUUUAGUAAAUUGUGUCUAUGGCUCUGAGUCAUCAUCCAAAAGGAUCACUUAAUACCACCAAAAACUGGCAUUCAACAUGGCAAUCUCAUCACUAUAUGUACGACACACCACUCUCAGUGAGCUGGCAUCUCUAUCUCUUUGCAUUAAGAGGUCUUCAGUUAUAACAUUGUUUAUUCAGUUCAUUCACCACUUUAAUUCAAGGCUUUUUUCCUUCUCCUCACUGUUGAAUAAGGCUGAGGCAAAAAACAGUACAAGGGCCUAUUCUCAGGCAAACUCUUCCAAAUUCAUUGACAAUGGAUCAGAAGAUCCUAUUUGACCAUCACACAUUCCUAGAUUGCUUUAAGAGAAGUAAUUUUCAGGGAGGAAUCAAUGGAAGGUAGGCGGUGCUAAUGCUUUUCAUAUUCAUGUAUAGGAUGUAGAGUGGGUAGGUCAGCAUUUAUUGUACAACCCUUAUUGCCCUGGAAGUGGUGGUGAAGAACCACCUUCUUGAAUUAUUUGGGUUACUGAUAUUACUGUCACUGAUAGAGAUCCAGGAUUUUCACCCAGCAACAACAAAGGAAUGGUGGUGUCGUUCCAAGUCAGGAUGGUAUUUGAUAUGGAUUGGAAGCUGCAGGUAAUAGUGUUCCCAUAUAUUUGCUGCUCUUGCAAGGUGAUCAAGGAUGUGGGUUUGAAGGAAUAACUCUUUCUAAGAGCUCGUAGAGAUAUGAUAGAUUAAACAGCCUCUUUCCGUGAAUCUCUGUACUGACUUAGAUCCCUAUCCUGAUACAUAUCAACACCAUUCAGAAUCUAGGAAUGUAUGAGACUGGACAAUGUCCUUUGUACCUAUCAGAUAUUCUCAAAAGUGACAGAUUUUUAUCACUUCAAACCUUGAACACCCCUUUUCACUUUAACUGUGCCUUUCUCUUUUCUGUUGUUGUGGCAGUAUCAUUCUUAAUGUGCAGUACGUGAACUGAGCCUGGGCAGUUUUAAGGGACAAUUGGAACUUGUUAGACCAAAGGUACAUGAGAAUAUUGAUGGGGAGGUGAUGGCCUAGUAAUGGCAUUAUUACUGGAUUGUUAAGAGAUCCAGAAAAUGUUCUGCGGACUCAGGUUCAAAUCCUGCCAUGGCAGAUGGUGAAAUUGGAGUUCAAUAAAUAUCUGUAAUUAAGAGUCUAAUGAUGAUGAUGAAUCAAUUGCCCAUUAUCAGGGAAAACUCAUAAGGUUCACAAAUGUCUUUUACCUAGACUGGCCUGUAAGUGAAUCCAGACCCACAACAAUGUGUGUGACUUUGAACUGCCCUCUGGUUAAUAAGGGAUGGGCAAUAAAUGCUGCCCUAGCCAGCAAUGCCCUCAUCCCAUGAAUGAAUAAAGGAUCUCCCUCACAGUGAGUGCAGAAAGGAAAGUGUGGAUAGUGCAAAACUGCCAAUGAGCUGCCGCAAACAUGAUUGCAGGAAUGGCCUUGUUCUCUGCUGAAAGGGAGUAGGAAGUUAGUGGGUAGUGAAAGCAAAGAUGGUGCUAUGAUCUGUAGCUCACUCACUCACAUCUGUAGAUGACUCAGGAAUGUCAUUUUCAAUUAAAAGGUGACAUGCCUCUUUGACCAUUCUGCCACAUUGGAUGCCACAUUAAAACAGCAGUGAUUGGUCCGAUUGGAACAUAUGAAAGGAAUAGCUUCACUGGUGUGGAUCAAGACAACCCCAAAGGGGAAUGACUACAUUAGAAAAAGAAUAGUAUCAGUGUUGUGGUUAAUUUCUCCUGUAAGAAUUUUCCAUCUUUUGUAUCUCUACAAAACACAAUUUUUAGCCUUCAGUUGUUUUGUGUUUGGUUUGAGUAUGCCUUGUUUGAAAAUUCGGAAUAAACCCAGUAUGCAAAUCUCUUA